AAUUAAGUUUUUUCACCCGCCUUCACUGAAAUGUGGCCUCCCGGGAGCGAGGAUAGCUACGCUGGGAGCCUGGACUACGGAAAGAACGUGGUGAACAUCCUGCCCAGCGUGGAGAUGAUGGUGAGCUUCAAUGGCGACAUGAUGCGCUCCAAUAAGCGGGCUUGUUUACUGUACGCCGAGCGAAUGGAUUUCAAGGAGCUGCUGCAACUCCGUUUGGCUGAGAAAUCCGAUCAGCGGCGCAUGUACAUCACCACCGUGGACAGCGCCUCCUUCCAGGAGCUCAAACAGGAUCAGUCGCUGAAUGUGACCUUCUCCGGCUUCAUGGACAAUGUGGUGCGCAUGCUGAAGGACUGCCAGUCGGGCAAGCUGGAGCUCCAUCUGUCUGGCAGGGAUCAGAACUCAUCCGCAAGCGACUACCAUCUGCAGUUUGUGGAAAUAAGGUCCUUCAAGAACCUGGUUCACCUCAGCCUGCCCUGCCGUUCUGCUCCGCUGAACACCGUGCUAUUCUACAUAAAUCGCAUGCUAGAUGCCUCGCACAAAAAGCAAUUUAUGCUCGAGCAGAAUAUCCAGCAGAUGCAGGUGGAAAUGAACGCGCAACGUUCGCACACGGAGAAAUUGGGCUCGGAAAACAUGCAACUCAGGGAAGCCAUAGACCAAAACACUCGCAUUUUGGAGGAAAAGCAUUCCGCCGAGAUUCAGCAGUACCACGAGAAGCUGGCCAAGGCGAACGAGCAGCGCAGCAAUGAGCUGGAGAGGAAUCGCAGGGCGAUAUCUAACUUACAGGCGCAAUUGGAUAAGGCUUCGCUGGAGAAAGGAGACCUAAAAUCAGCCCAAGAGCAAGCGGAGAAACGAUGUCAAACGCUGGCCGAGGAGUUAUCCUGUUGCAAGUCACGAGUGUGCACCUUAAAGGAGCAGAAUGACAAACUGCAAGGGGAACUGGCCAAUGGCAGAAAGCAGGAACGCAAGUUGGAGUACAAGAUCGAGGAUCUCAAGCAGCACACGGCCGAACUGCAGGAGCAUAUACAAAAGGGCAAUAAGGAGAAGGCCAACAUAUCCGCUGAACUGGAGGCGGAGAAGAAGAUCUUGCACACCAAACGCCAGGCCUUGGAAAUGGCCUCCGAGGAAAUCUCCAAGGCCAACCAGAUAAUCCUCAAGCAGAGCCAGGAGCUGCUCAACCACAAGAAGACCAUUGCCUGGCGCACUGAGGUGGCUCUGCAGCAGGAGAAGGCCGUGCAGGCCAAGGAGAGUCUGCUGAACCUGCGCGAGGAUGAACUGCGCGAGGCACGAAUAACCAUUGAAAAGCUACGCGAGGAAAUCCCGCAGCAAUUGCAAUCCAUGCGAAACUUUGCCCAGGGAUUGGAGCAAAAGUAUUCCAAACAGAUCCUCAUCUUGAAAGAAAGGCUAUCCAUUCCCACUGGCAAGGAAAAUCGCCGAUAGUUUAGCUUAUUGUUAAUGCAUUUCUGUUUUUCUUUUUUGUACCAGUUCAGUAAAGUUCUCUAGUCAU